GGCAGUUGCUAUUUGCUCAGCAUUAAACUAAGAGCAACGGAGCGCUUGCAAACCAUAACUUGUCGUGGUUUGACAUUGUGGAUCUUCAGUUUCGCAAACACCCAGUGCCUGUUGAAUUAGCAAUCAAAAUGGAUGCUCCACGAACGAUGUGCAUAGGAAAUUGUAGUUAUGGAGAUGUCUUCAAGCAUGGUUUCUUCAUCAAAUCCCCACCUCCUCAUCUUUUCUCCAAUCAGAACUCCUGGAAAAGGAGACACUUUAUCCUUUCCAAGUCUGGCAAGAAUGAUUAUGUCCUGAGGUAUCUUAAAGGUGCCCAGUUAAAGGGUUACAUUGAAAUCAAUGAGACUUCAGAAAUAGAGAUUGGCAUAGGUGACCCUGAGAAAAUGACAGUUGUGAAGAAGAUGUUUAAAUGCAAGCCUGCAGAAGUGAUGACCAUCAGAACAGAAAAUAGGGUUUUCUAUCUUAUUGGAUCAGACAGCAAGGACAUUGAGGAAUGGGCCACCUUCCUGUUUUCAACCAGCAAAGAAACAAAGAAACCAGAAAUGAGAGGUCGGUCAAAAUCUUCACCAGCUUGUCUUGAUGAAGUAGCUGCUGACAUCAUCAAGAAGGAACCGUGUCCUGACAAUGAAUAUGAGGAUAUAGGAACAUCCAUCUCCAAGAAGAGGCCCUGUUCAGAGCCUAUUACUCAAGAAUCCUCCCAAGAAGCCCCUGUUUAUGAGUCACUGACAGUACUGCAACUACGACACCUGACAAAUCAUCAAGAGUCAGAGGAAAAAUCCGAAAUGGAGGAAUACUAUGCUUGUCCAACAAAUAUUCUAGCUACGCUGAAUGAUAUGCAGGAUAAAUUCAGCACCACAGAAGAGACUACUAACCCAGAUAAGGAAAAGGUUGGUGAACCCGAAGAAUACAUGCCCAUGGGAUCCAUAGUUUCAGGGGUAGCGGAGGUAAAAAUUGAACCUACAAACAAUGAAUUGACGACCCAUCCCGAAGGCCAGGAAGAUAGCACGGAUUUGCAGGUGAUAGAGGACAAGCCUUUGAAACCAACACCACUACCAAGGACCUGGAAACCAGAAAAAACACCGAAACUAUCAGUUCUGUCUGUGGUUCAGUUGUCCAUUAUUCUCAGUAAAGUCAGAGAUGACUGCAAAUUGGAAGAGGUGGAUAUUCUCCUUCCCCGGAGUGAUUUCACCAACUGCCUGACACUUGUCAAAGCCGCUGGGCGUAUAUGUGUCUCCCAGUGGAAAGACCUGCAUCGCUUGGGAUGCAUAUUUCAUCAAGGGGAUUAUAUAGUGGCUGUGAACGACCUGCAUGCAAAGAGCAUAGAUGAAAUGUCUUUGUUCAUAACUAGAUCCACAAGAAAGGAGGUGAAACUGACUGUAUGUCGGCUUCCAGAUUCGAAAAUUUUACAUGCUCAAGGCUGCAAAUGUUCCUAAUGGAGAAAAAUAAUCUUCAUUGGCCAAGAUCUUAGGUCAAAUACAAAUGAAGACUUGAAAACAGUGCCCCCCCCAAAAAAAAAACCACCGUGAAGACACCAGAACUUUGUCUCAUAAAAAAAGUAGCAUGGUGGUGGUCUCUCCUCAUGUAGCACUCAGUGAACCGCACCAGACUGGGACAGGACAAUUCCUCUACAAAUUUUGAAAUGCAGUGGUAUUCAGAAGAAAUGGUAUUUCACUGCUGUGAAUAUCCAUACAUGUAUUUAAAACCCUUUCAGAGUUACUGCGCUGCUCCAAAAACAAAGAUGCUGCCAUCCCACUGUGGUAUGACAUUUGUCUUUCUUUUUUCAUUUCUUUUUUCAUUGCUUUUCUAUUAUAUCAUAUCUUCACCACAUACUGCGUUACAUUCCAACAUAAGAUAAUAAGAAAGGAAUAGCAUAAAUAUAAGACAUAUGUAAGUGAAUAAUAAUAAU